CCUGCGCAUCGCAGUUACAUAAGACAAGUGGAGAAAAUUUUCCUAGCCCUCCGCACAGUCGCCGAAAUGUUGUCCUCGUUGAGAAAUGUGCUAAAAACCGGUUCCCGGAUCCAAGCCGAACUCGUCCGGAACUAUGCGGCCAAGGCUGCAGCCAACGCCGCGGCUGGAGCGCAAGGUAAGGUUGUCGCUGUCAUCGGUGCCGUCGUCGACGUGCAGUUCGAUGAUAACCUACCGCCGAUCCUGAACGCCCUGGAAGUCCAGGGCCGUGGCUCCCGGCUGGUGCUGGAGGUGGCCCAGCAUCUGGGAGAGAACACCGUCCGCACCAUUGCCAUGGACGGUACCGAGGGUUUGGUGCGUGGACAACGCGUCUUGGAUACAGGAUCUCCCAUCCGUAUUCCGGUCGGAGCUGAAACCCUGGGCCGUAUCAUCAACGUUAUCGGUGAACCCAUCGACGAACGUGGCCCCAUCGAGACGAAUCUGUCCGCCCCGAUUCACGCCGAAGCUCCCGAAUUCAUCGACAUGAGCGUCGAACAGGAAAUUCUAGUUACUGGAAUUAAGGUCGUCGAUCUGCUGGCCCCAUACGCCAAGGGUGGUAAAAUCGGUCUGUUCGGUGGUGCUGGCGUCGGUAAGACUGUAUUGAUUAUGGAACUGAUUAAUAACGUCGCUAAAGCCCAUGGUGGUUACUCCGUAUUUGCCGGAGUCGGAGAACGUACCCGUGAAGGAAACGAUUUGUACAAUGAAAUGAUUGAAGGUGGUGUUAUUUCACUCAAGGACAAGACCUCCAAGGUCGCGCUGGUGUACGGACAGAUGAAUGAGCCCCCCGGCGCUCGUGCCCGUGUCGCUUUGACUGGACUGACCGUUGCUGAAUAUUUCCGUGACCAGGAAGGACAGGAUGUGCUGCUUUUCAUUGAUAACAUCUUCCGUUUCACUCAAGCCGGUUCUGAGGUAUCUGCUCUGCUGGGUCGUAUCCCAUCUGCUGUCGGUUACCAACCAACUUUGGCCACUGACAUGGGUAGCAUGCAGGAACGUAUUACCACUACCAAAAAGGGAUCUAUCACCUCUGUGCAGGCUAUCUAUGUGCCGGCUGACGAUUUGACUGAUCCUGCUCCAGCCACUACUUUCGCUCACUUGGACGCCACCACUGUGCUGUCUCGUGCCAUCGCCGAAUUGGGCAUCUACCCAGCUGUCGAUCCUCUGGAUUCCACCUCCCGUAUCAUGGACCCGAACAUUAUUGGUGCUGAGCACUACAACAUCGCUCGUGGUGUCCAGAAAAUCCUCCAGGAUUACAAGUCGCUGCAGGAUAUCAUUGCUAUCCUGGGUAUGGAUGAAUUGUCUGAGGAGGACAAGCUGACAGUCGCCCGUGCCCGUAAGAUCCAGCGUUUCCUGUCGCAGCCAUUCCAGGUCGCUGAGGUGUUCACUGGUCACGCCGGCAAGCUCGUUCCUCUGGAGGAAACCAUUAAGGGCUUCACCAAGAUCUUAAAUGGUGAGCUUGACCAUUUGCCCGAGGUUGCUUUCUACAUGGUUGGUCCGAUCGAGGAAGUCGUCGAGAAGGCCGAACGUUUGGCGAAGGAAGCUGCAUAAGAAAGAAGGUAAGGUGCUUCCUAGCUAUGCAGGAGGAAAGUUAUUACAAACUACAUGAUAAAAGUCAACGUAAAAUUACGAUAAGCAACAAAAUGUAACAAACAGGAAAAAGUUAAAUAAAAAUCGAAAAAAAUACAUAAUUGAAAAA